UAUAAACCACACAUAUUUACUGAGUUUUCAAAACACAUUAAAGAAGAAACAUUUUUACAGUCUAGCCAAAUGAUUCAUACAAAGGAGCAACCAUUCAAAUCUACAGAAUGUGAGAAAAGCUUUAGAUCUAAGUCACAUCUACUAGAACACCACAAAAUGCACACAGGUGAGAAGCCACACACAUGUACUGAGUGCGGCAAAUGUUUUACACGAAUGGAUCAUCUGAAAACUCAUAAAAAGAAUCACACAGGAGAAAAGCCUUUCACAUGUACAGAGUGUGGAAAAAGCUUUACACAAAUAAGUGGUCUAAAAUAUCAUGAAAUGAAUCACACAGGGUUAAAGAUUUUCACAUGUAUAGAGUAUGGACAAAGUUUUACAAAAAAGAGUAAUCUGAAAAGUCAUGAAAAGAUUCACACAGGGGAAAAGCCUUUCCCAUGUACAGAGUGUGGGAAAAGUUUUAUACAAAUAAGUAGUCUGAAAAAGCAUGAAAUAUCUCUAGCACCAAGAUCCUCCAGUCGCAAUAAAAGGAAGGAUUUUUUAGAUUCAGGCGACAAGGAAGAAGAACCAGGAGAGGAAAGGGGAAGAAACAAAAAACUGGCGAGAGGCCGAGGACGAACACAAGUAGGCCAACAAGGGAAUUGGAGACCAACGAGGAGACCCCCGAGUCCAUUCUCACAGAUAAGAUUGAACAACUAA